AUGUGGAAUGGGCUGCUACAAGCUGUGGAGCGCCGAUGGCGACGGGACAGCGAUGCUCGGAAUUCUCAGCUCAAGUUAUUGGGUGGUGCGGGCGUGGUGAUCGGCGCAGUGCUGCUGGUGGCACGACGCCUUGCAGCGAAGUCCCAGCCUCCACCAGUGUACAUUGCGCUGUCUGCUGCGCUUCAGCUCUUGAGACAGAGGAAAGUACAGGAGCUGCUCUACAGCGAGGGCGGCCUCCUGACACUGCAGAUGAAGGAAAGCCAGGCGGGCUCUCGAUUUCUUUCUCAGCUUGUGCCUGGCAGCGAGGCGAAGGUUUUCGACGUGGCCGAUGAGGCCCUGGUCUCCCUCCGCUUCGCGGCACCAGCAAAGGGCACCUCCCAGGCGCUCUCCUUGCUGCUGCCCUUGAUCUUCUUAUUUGUGUGGUAUCAGGUUGCAAAGUCACUGAUCACACGAGAAAACAAGUGGACACCGACAAGAAGUCGUCUGCCCCGAGAAAGAACGACCUUUGCGGACGUUGUGAGCCGCAGCAAGGUUGAGCUCAGUGAGAUCGUGGAAUACCUGAACCACCCUGCGAAGUUUAAGGAGGCCGGUGCGAAAAUGCCUCGUGGGGCCCUCCUUGUCGGCCCAAGCGGCACGGGGAAGACCCUGCUGGCGCGAGCAGUUGCCGGUGAGGCAAACUGCAGCUUCCUCAGUGCCUCUGCCUCGGAGUUCGUCGAGGCCUGCACGUCGGUCUCAAGCUCGAGGGGCCUAGGCACCCAGGGGCCCGGCUCGGGAGCGCCGAGAGCCGCGUGGUCGGCUGGUGGAGCCAUGGACGCGAAGAAAGGGGGACGGGACCGCGUUUGGGAGGGUGGUCAUACUGUUAUUGACCACUUCAGCCCUUUCUACAGCAAGUAUGCUGACACCACAGCAGCCAAUGACAGGAUCCGCGAGGCUGCCAUGCUGAUGUGCGUGACAGAAGGGCAGAUAGAGGAUGGAGACCUGGAAGAGGCAACGACAGCGUCUGAAGGCUGCCUGGAAAUUUUCAGAGAAGAGGGUGACGAAAGAGGUACACGCGAUGCCCUCCGACUAGUUAUCCACGUUUACCGUGCAAAGGCGGACGAGGCCCGCAACAAAGGCGAACGAGCUGACGCUCGUGAGCUGCUAGAGAAGGCCGAAGCUAUGGCAGAGGAGGAACUUUCGAACUACCGAGACGCCGGCGACGACCUUGGUCAGGGCUGUAUGCUGCUCUCGAUGGCGGAAGCCGCCUGCGCCUACCGGGGAAGCUCCAAGCGGGACGAGGCGCUUGAGAACGCCGAAGAAGCGCUGGCGAUUUUCCGCGAGGUCAAGGAUCCCAAGUACGAAGGUCUCGCCGCGCUCAGCGUCGCAGAGGUGUACUUCCGUAAGCGGAACUUCCACGCGGCGCGAAGAGCUGCAGCGGAGGCCACCGAGAUCUUUAAGGGAAUCGAUGACAAGCUCUGCCAGGCCAUGUCUCUACACAUGGGCGCGGCCACCGAAGCCAGGGCAGGUGUCUUAGAGAUGGCCAUCCGUCUUGGCCGAAAGUCUUUGAAGAUCUUGCAAGAAAGUGGCUCCAAGAAGCAGCAGAUGGCGAGUCUGCUCGCUCUGGGCCAGUUCUACCUCAUGCGGGAGGACGCCCGGCUGUCGCUCUCCAUGGGUGAGGCCGCCAUGGCACUCCUUCAGGAGCUCUGCAGGCAGAAGCCAGGGCUCUAUGCUCUGUUUCGAAUCAUGCAGCAUCAUGAAACUGUGACUUUGUCCAGUCAUGAGGAGUUAGAUGACGCACUCGCCUGGGAGGGCGUCGCCAUCGGCUUCCUCGUAGAAGCGUACAUCCUCAACAACCAGUCUGAGAAGGCCGUGCAGCUCUGCAAGGAGGCCUUGGAGCGCGCGCGGCCGCGCACGGAUCAGAAGAGGGAGACUGUCUACCUCCUGCAUCAUCUGAUCCACGCCUUGUCCGUCUACGGCGACAUUGACCAAGUACUCGAGGUCUCAGACGAAGCCCUGGCAUUAUCCACAGAGGUUGGCUGCAUGCGCUUGAAAGCGCACGUCUACGAAGAGCUUAGCCACGCUCAUCUGCUGGCAGAGCAGAACAACGAUGCGCUCUAUGCAGCAAAGGAAGCAGUGGGCCUGCUCAAAGAUUUGGGUGCAGACCACGACGAGAUCACCACGCGACUCCAGGUCCUGUGCCCGGAAACGGCUUUCUGCUAUGCCGGUCAGCUUACAGUGAUGCUUGUUUCAAGUUUGGGUUGUUACGAGAGUGAGUAUAUAAUCUUCAAAGCAUCACACUGUCAUGUACUGCAGCAUGAUUGA